AUUAGAAGCUUAGGAAACUAGAAAAAAUUGAAACUUUCUUCAUUGAAAUGAACUAAAUUCCCAAAAUUACCAUUAAUCCUAGUGAAAAGUACUUGCCAAACGUAUUAGGUAAAAAGUAUGGAUUAAGUUAUCCCCCACACUACCAAAAUUAUUUGCAUUAACACCAAACUUCACUGACUCUUCUAACAACUCCACCUUCUUCCCCCAUUAUAUAUAUGCAAAACCUUCAAUCCUCUUGUUUCCAUCCUGAAAUCUAUCUCUAGAAACAUCUACUCAAAAACACAUCACUAGUUAAUUUAAUUACCUUCAAAUGGCGAGCUUCCAUGGCGGACUUCUUUGCCUCCUGGUACUUGGGAUCUGCAUGGUGCAGCCGAACUUGGCCACUGUUUAUACCGUUGGAGACACUGCCGGUUGGGCUCUUGGUGUUGAUUAUGUCACAUGGGCUUCAGGGAAGACCUUUGGCGUCGGCGACAAACUUGCGUUCAACUAUGCAGGAGGCCACACAGUAGAUGAAGUUGAUCCGAAUGACUACAAAGCAUGCGCAGCCGGAAAUUCCAUAACUUCCGACAGUUCAGGCUCCACCACCAUCACCUUAAAAACCCCAGGAACUCACUACUUCAUUUGCAGUUCCAUGGGGCAUUGCGAUGGCGGCAUGAAACUCUCCGUCACAGUCGCUGCCGGUGGACCGUCUACUACUCCAUCUCCAGGGGGCGGCAGUUCUACCACUCCAACGUCGCCUGCAACUGACACCCCUUCGGCUACCGGGACGACGACUCCCACAACAAAACUUCCAUCCGGUUCGUCAAAUUCAGGGUCAUCGUCUCCUUUCCCCAACUUCUACAUGGCCGUUCUGGCCAUUUUGGUAGGUUCGUCGGCGUUGGCUGUGGGUUAUUAUUGAGAAAUUGAGUUUACAUAUAUAUAUAUAUACAUAUAUUAUGUGGCGCUGAGAUUUGAGAUGUUCUAUGUUUUUAGUUGGGCGUUGGGCGUUGGGCAUUGGUUUGAAUAUGGCCGGGAUAGAGGCAUUGCUUUUUUCUUCUCAUUUUCGUUUUGGUAUAAGGUGGUCUAUUUUUCACAUUAUUGUUAGAAUUUUUAAUUUAAUUUUUCCUUUUUAAAAACAUUUUAAUAAUUUCCUUUUAGCUUUGCUUACUAUUUACUCUCAAAACUUAGCCCCAAUAAACAAUCCUAUUCCUCCACUAGAGGAAGAUUGGGGGAGGAAGCAAAGAAGACAGAGAUGAAAAUUACAUGACCUCUUCAUUCUCGCUCUCCUUUUCUCCUUCUCGAUAUACUAGGAGAUCACGAGUAUAGUUAUAGUUCUAAGUAGGGUCAAACUUUCUCAACUUUAUGCUAUUUAACAGUGUAAUACUAGAUUUAUAUCCAAUUUACUUCUAAGAUGGUUCAUGUUGUAA